CUUAGUGCUCUCCAACCAGAUAGAUACCCAAACCAAAAACAAAAACAAAAAAACCUCUAUUGACAUUUGAAAUCCCAAAACCCACACCACCAGCCACUUACCCCACACUUCACAUCAUUUCUCUCAUAAAAAAGCUCAAAACCAUCUCUCUUUCAAAGCUCAAAAACUCAAAACAUAAAGCUAUGGCUCUGCACAACCUCAACCUCCUCCCCUACUUCCUCCUUCCUCUCAUUUCCCUCCUCUCCAAUCACAUCCCUCCAGCUCAAGCCCUCACUGCACCUUCAGACAUCUCAGCCCUCAAGGCCUUCAAAGCCUCAAUAAAAGCCUCCUCAAUCCCGCCAUGGUCUUGCUUGGCCUCCUGGGACUUCACCACAGACCCAUGCGCCCUCCCUCGCCGAACCCACUUCACUUGCGGAUUAACGUGCUCGCCCGACUCGACCCGGGUCACCCAACAGCCUGACAGGUGUCGAGACCCCGAAACCCGCGGGUAAUGGCGGAGGCGGGCUCGUGGCCGUCGAUUUGGGAUUUAACAGAAUCGAAGGGUACCCGCCAGUGAAUUUCGCGGGCUAUCCUGUGCUGUCGUCACUGUCGCUUCGUUACAACCGACUACGUGGCAGGAUCCCAUUGGAGUACGGGCGGAAAAAGUCGUUGAAGAGGUUGUAUUUGGACGGAAACUUCCUGAUUGGACAGCCGCCGACGGGAUUGGUGACCGGCGAUGUCUCCGGUAGCUUGGGGGAUAAUUGUCUGCAGGUGUGCCCAGCUUCUUCAAAUCUGUGCCUGCCUUCGCAGAAACCAAACGCCAUUUGCAAGCAAGCGUAUGGUGGAGGGAAAGGAAAAGGAAAACCGAGGUCUUGAAGACUUGAAGUUGAAGCGUCAGAUUGUUGUCGGUCGAAUAUUAUUAUUAUUUUCAAAAGGUUAAUAAGCAGAAAUGUAUAAUGCUUUUUGUAUAGUGUAACAUAAAUUAUACAUAUAUUAAUGUAGGCCCUCCGAUCUUAUCAUGUAUUAAUGAUAAUCCCAGCGUUUUAUUUUAAGUUA